AUGAAGGCAUCAUCUUUUCUAACUCUGGCAGGUCUGUUGUCAUUAGUCAAUGCUCAUGGAUACCUGACUAUUCCAUCAAGUCGUACUCGGCUUGGAUUUGAGGCUGGCAUUGACACCUGCCCUGAGUGUUCCAUUCUUGAACCAGUCGCUCCUUGGCCGGACCUGGAAGGACCCCAAGUUGGCCGAAGUGGACCAUGUGGUUACAAUGCUCGAGUUAGCGUUGAUUAUAACCAGCCCGGCGCUUACUGGGGCAACUCUGUGGUGGCCACAUACACUGCAAAUGAGAUCGUCGAAGUGCAAUGGUGCGUCGACAACAAUGGCGACCAUGGUGGCAUGUUCACCUACGGUCUCUGCCAGAAUCAGACUCUAGUCGACUUGUUUCUCGACCCAAACUACCUUCCAACAAAUGAUGAGAAACAAGCUGCCGAAGACUGUUUCUUGGAGGGUGAAUUGAAAUGUACAGAUGUUGCAGGUCAGACCUGUGGCUACAGUCCUGACUGCACUUCCGAUCAAGCGUGCUGGCGCAAUGACUGGUUCACCUGCAAUGCAUUCAGUGCUGAUAGCAACCGUGGCUGUCAGGGCGUGGAUGGCGCUCCAUUAAACUCCUGCAAGACAACUAUCGCCGGUGGCUACACCGUUACGAAGAAAAUCAAAAUCCCAGACUAUGACUCGGCCCACACACUGCUGCGCUUCCGCUCUGCACCUUCCACGACGACUAAGACGAGCACCAUCACAACUUCAACAACAACUACUACAGCUUGUGCUACUACUGCCACCACUGUCCCGGUAACUUUCAAUGAGUUGGUGACCACAUCAUAUGGACAGAAUGUCUUCGUCACCGGAUCAAUCAGCCAGUUGGGCUCCUGGUCUACCUCCUCAGCAAUCGCUCUGUCUGCAGGAUCAUACACAACGUCCAACCCAUUGUGGACUGCCAGUAUUGAUCUCCCAGCUGGUACCACUUUUGAGUACAAGUUCUUCAAGAAAGGGUCAGACGGUACCAUUACCUGGGAAAGUGAUCCUAACCGGAGCUAUACUGUACCAACAGGCUGCUCUGGUACCACAGGAACUACAAGUGCAACAUGGCGGUAG